ACACUAGAAGGCGCCCCCAACCAAUUUGUCGCCCUAGGCAGUUGCCUAGUUCGCCUAUAGCAAUCGCCGGCCCUGGCCUGGAGGCAGGUAUGGAGGCUCUGGCACAGUUAGAGAUGGAGAUUUGUAGAUAAUCAAAGGUUUUAGGUUUGAAUUCAAAUAAUUUGCCAUCUAAGUAGGGUACACUGUUUAUACAUUGGUUUAGUGUUAGGAUGAUCGGUUAUGGAAUGCUUACAGAGCAUGUUGUUUUUUAUUUCCUUAUGGAAAUCAUAUAAGCGAGUCCUCGUUAAAUCUCACGACUAGAAUGGCAACAUUCACCUUGUUAAACAAUGAUUUACUUGCUUCACCAAACAUAACUGGUUAAGACUGAACCGAAUAUAUCCUAUAAGCUAUGUGUGUGUUAAGUGCAAUAGGUUAGGUUACUCCAUUGGCACUAAUCACGUUGAUAAUCAAGAAUCUGAUGCGCGACAAGUGUGAUUUACAAAGUUUCUCAUGUUCCGUUCAGUAAGGCUGCCAUCUCGACUUCUUUGACGGCUGUUUCAAGUUUGACACUUAUACAGUAGUCUAAGUUUUAUUAAGUCACUCGCGCCUACAAGACACAUAGCGAAACCGCGCUUGCGUUUACGGAGAGCUCGCGUGAGGAUUUGCUAAGAAGGGGCGGCGUGACACCGCGAUAAGGCAAGAUCGAAACAAACAAACCACAACACAACACUCACUUCCGGAUGUCUCACCUGCGCCCUUGGCUCUCCCAACAUGGAAGCAUUAACUCUACGCGCAAAAUAAGAAGGGCUAGUUCGAGGCAGAAUAACCAGGUGUGAAAUUGUGGCAGUUCACCGGGGGUGUGCUGAUUUGGCUCUGCACCAUCACAAGCCUUUUCUCUCUGUUCCUCUGACACUUUUUCCAAACUCAACACUAAUGCCAUUAGCAGAGCUUCUCUGUGUGGUGCUCUUUCCUGAUGGUGACACACAUACCUUCCAUGUCAAUAAGCAGCAAGAUGGCUCUGCCCUGUUCAAUGCUGUCUGCAUGCACCUGGGUGUGCAGGACACACAGUACUACAGUCUUCUUAUAUCAGAGCACACGCUCAGAGAGACCUCACCGAGGUGGCUGGAGCAGAACAAACCCUUGAAGAAGCAGUUGAAAGGCUCCUCGCCAUUCUUCUUGAGUUUUAGAGUUCGCUUCUUUGUUUCUGAUCCAAAUUCCUUGCAACAUGAGCAAACCAGACAUUUCUAUUUUCUACAGAUUAAGCGAGAUAUUCAAGAGGGCAGAUUGAAAUGUCCUCUCAGUUCUGCUGUGGUUCUAGCCUCAUAUGCUGUUCAGUCGGAAUUUGGAGACCACACCCCUGAGACUCCGCCAGGGUACCUGGGCAAGGCUCACUUCCUACCUGAACAGAAUGAGGAUUUCAUCUCCAAAGUAGAAGCACUCCAUCCUCAACAUAGGGGUCUCUCUCAGUGUGAAGCCAAACUUUGCUUUUUGAACACAGCUAGAACGUUAGAACUCUACGGAGUGGAGCUACAUGUUGCAAAGGAUGUAAAUAAGUCCACCCUAUGGGUGGGCAUAGCCUCGGGAGGUGUGGCUUUGUUCUGCAAUCUGAUCUGCACCAGUUUUUUCCCUUGGAUCAACAUAAUCAAGAUUUCAUUCAAAAGGAAAAGAUUCUGCAUACACCUUCGAAGAAAACACGGAGAGGUGGGAGAGCAGGUGGUAUCUGUCUGCAUGCUGAACUCUCGUAACUGUAAAAACCUCUGGCGAACAUGUGUGGACCAUCACACAUUCUACCAACACAGGAACACACACACAGCACCCACAUCCAGGCCAUUAUAUCACAGACUUGUGAGUGGAAAGCUGUGGGACUCAGCUUUGAGGUCGGGCUCAAGUGAACACCUGGAGACCCAAAGCCUCCCCUCCAGAUCUCCUCCAAGCACACCCACCUGGAGGAGUCCACGCAUGAGGCAUGACGUUCGUAAGCCACGUCCAUCUUCUGCUGAUAACCUGACUGGUGAGACAAGUGAUGGAACAGAGAGCGAGGAAGUGUUUUACACUUACAGGAAAGUUCAAGACGAUAGCACCACCACCAGCUUCACACCCCACAACGAUGAAGUCACUGGGGAAGAUGAGCAUUCACAGUACCCCUGGGAUAAGAAUGUGGUGAUGGACGGUGAUCUGUUGUUGGUGAGAAUAAGCCCUGACCCCGAUGGCAAAUUUGGCUUCAAUGUCAAAGGAGGUGUGGAUCAGAAGAUGCCACUUGUCAUAUCUCAUGUGAACCCAGAUUCUCCAGCAGCACAGUGUAAGCCAGCAGUGUGUGUGGGGGAUGAGUUGGUUUUGGUAAAUGGGAGAGAUGUGUCCGAACACACACAUCAGCAGGUGGUCAUGUUCAUCAGGGCCAGCAGGGCGACACACACCAAUCACCUCACAUUGCUCCUGCGCCGGAGAGGUGUCUCUCUCCGUGCUGUCCCCUCGCUCCAGAUUGACCUUGGUCUUUCUCUGCUUGGGGACAUCUCACAGACAGCCAGUCAAGCGCCAGGACAGAGCCUGGAGGACUCCAUGAGCCGGCUAGAGAAGGGUGUACUGACUGGAACUCUACUGCUGCAGUUUGAAAAAAUAUAUAGGAGAAAACCUGGACUUACAUACACAAGUGCGAAGUUGUCGGAGAACGCAGAGAAAAAUCGUUACAAGGAUGUUUUACCAUAUGACAUCACCAGAGUGGUACUAAAGGGGGACGGUGAUGACUACAUCAAUGCCAAUCAUGUGAAGACAGAGCCAGGUGGCGGGGUGUUGCGGUACAUUGCAGCUCAAGGGCCUCUGCCACUCACCUGCACACACUUCUGGAGGUGUAUUUGGGAAGAAGACACCACGCACAUUAUCAUGUUGACAACACUCACUGAGAGAGGGCGGACCAAGUGUCACCAGUACUGGCCUCACCCCCCAGAGGUGAGGGAUUACGGGAACCUGCAGGUGUGCUGCCACUCGGAGGAAGGCAACAUGACCUACGUCACCCGAGAACUCACACUCACAAACACACAGACAGGUGAGCAGCGCUCUGUCACUCAUCUGCAGUAUGUGGCCUGGCCGGACCAUGGUCCCCCAGAUGAGGCCUCUGACUUCCUAGAUUUCAUCCAGUCUGUGCGCAGUCGAAAGAAAGGACCAGGCCCACUGAUGGUCCAUUGCAGUGCAGGGAUUGGACGGACAGGUGUCCUCAUCACCAUGGAAACGGCGUUGAUGCAGAUGGAGGCCGGAGAGUCUGUGGCUCCACUGCAGAUUGUCCAGACUCUGAGAGAGCAGCGCGCGAUGAUGGUCCAAACACCGUGCCAGUUCCGCUUUGUGUGCGAGGCAAUCCUGAAGGUUUAUAGAGAGAAGCACAAAACACCAGGCCACUGAGGGCGGGGCUGGAGGAGUGAAAGAGAUGACCAAAGCUGCUGUAGAUGUUUUUUUAAUAAAAAAAGUGCUUCAUAAUAUAAUAAAUUAAAUGUAGUGAUGGUCCGAAUAUGCAUUAGGGAGCAAGAGGGCACUUUGACUACUACCACACACACACACACACACACACACACACACACACACACAUUUUUUGAGAACUGGGAAAUUCAUACACAGCAUGUGGGGAAGUCUGUAUUUAUCAGCACAUAUACCUUGAAAUUAUUUUAAGUCUGAUAUUAUCAAUGAUUCAAACAUUAACUUCCUUUAAAAAAAAAAAAAAACACUCACACACACAUCUGGUGUCAGCUGUUCAACAGAGAAGCUCAUUCAAGGUGCAGAAGAGCAAACUCAUCAGGAACAUGAUUUGGAGCAUUUUGCUUGUUAGAUUCUGUGUCAUGAUUUCGCACACAUAAGAGUUUUCUAUCUGUACAUACAACCAGCGCACACACAAAAAGAAACACUAUAAUGAUCACCUCAGUUACAAGCUUGUGUUAUUUCUGGCAAUAAAAUCAAUAUGGUACAACUGGCA